UUGUAUUCCUUUUUUUUAAUACUAUAUAUUUUUAGAUGUUAAAAUAUGUGAUAAAAAACUAUGACAAUGUUUCCUAUAUGUUUAUUUUAUAAAAUAUAAAUAUAAUCCAAACACAAAUAGAAUAUAUCUGUUUUCUAUUUCGCUCACAAAAUACUAUAAUCUACUUCAGGCUGUUCAUCACCCAGGCAGAAAAGUGUCUAAACCAGCGUGAACAACCUUUAAUGUUAUUUUUAACCAGAUACAUUCUCUACUGAAAUUGAGAAGAGUAGUCUAUAAGACAUUCCUACUGAAGUAAAGCAACGUAUCGCGAAUUUAUUCUAAAUUAAUUAUUAAAAAUAAUGUAAUUUUAAAAAAAAACUUAAUUAAUUUUAUUAUCUUAAUAUAAUCUAAAAUAAUAAAUAGUAAAUCAAUGGAAUUCAUGGAAUUGGUGAACUGUUCUGUUAAAAAUCAAUUGGAAAAGAAUUGUUUUAGUAACGGAAAAACGAUCGAAGAAGAAAUCGAAAGUAAUAAAUAUAAUAAUAAUGAAAACGUAACUUAUUUUACCAAUAAGAAAAAAUAUAGGAAUAAUCAAUCAAUUAUUACGAUUGAAUCAAAACGCAUAAGUGCUGAUGCAAGAAAUGGAUUAAGGUGGAGUAUGGAACAAAAAAUAGGCUCGCUUUCCUACACGUUUUCGGAUAAUGAAAAUUUAAACAGUGAACAUAAUAAAGAAGAUAAAAUGCAAAUAAUUCCAAAUAUUCAUGAAAAUAAAGAUUUCUUAUGUUCAAGAUGUGGUAAAAAAAUGCGAGAACCUAGACUUCUUCCUUGCUUGCAUGCCAUGUGUUCUCCUUGCAUCUUUGACCUAAUCGAAAAAGCUAAUAAUGUUGACUCAAGUAAGUUACAGAAGAACGAAAACAUUAAUCCGAUAUGUAAUAUUUAUGAAAGAUGUCCCCUGUGUAAUUUUUGUCUAUCAAGCACUUAUUUUAUAAUUCCACCUCCGCAUUAUCCAUUACAACAUAGGCUUGUCAUGGAUGCUAUGCGUCGUAAAUUGGCUGAUAGGAUACUCUGUGAUACUUGUCCAGAUGAAGUAGUUGCAGUUGUACAAUGUUGCGCGUGUUUGCGCAACUUUUGUUCUGAUUGUGGUAACGAGCAUGAAGAACAAACAAGAAUGGAAUUAAAACAAGGCAAACACAUAAUAAAACCUCUUUGGGAAGCAACGAGAAUACGUCGCACUAUACUUUGUCAAAUACAUACCUCAAAUGCGUUGCGAUACUAUUGCAAUGCAUGCCAACAGAUAUGUUGCAAAGAGUGUAUGUGGAGUAUAGAACAUAGAGGACAUGCUAGCGAAAAUGCUAUUGGUGCUGGAAGAAGAGCCGCCGCGUAUUUAACAACGAUGCUUGAAAAAGCAAAAACACUUUUAAAUUCUUUACUCAUAUCUUACAGCGAAGAUGUAUUUUCCAAUGAUAUAUUUAAUGAGCAAGAACAUUUCAUUGAUCAAUGGUACGUUAAAUAACAACCGUACAUUCCUUAUAUUAUAA